AUGGCUUCAUCUAGCAGUUCUACAAACAAUGGUGCAAUUAUUGAUGACGCAUUAAUCGGUUGUAGGUCAGGUGAUAACGAUGAUGACGGACACGAACGCAUCGAUGAUUCAACUGAUGUUAACAAUUCAAGUUAUGGCAGUCAUAAUGUCCGUCCAUUACGUUUGUAUGACGUCGAUCAAUUUGGGACCCUAUGUAUGUAUAACAUGAUAUCUGUUCUGUUUACCGGUGUCGAUCACCAUAAAAAGUGUGUCAUCUUUGGUGCUGGGCUAUUAUACGAUGAAACAAUUGGUUCUUACACGUGGUUGCUUACCACAUUCCUUAAAGCUCAUAACAACAAGCAACCAACGUUGGUGUUGACCGAUCAGGAUGCUGCGAUGAAACAAACAGUUUCUGGUGUAUUCAAUAAGUCUAUUCACCGGCUGUGUAUGUGGCAUAUUGUAAGGAAAACUCCUGCAAAGAUUGCAGGUGAUGUAUUGGAAAAUAUAGACUUGAGAGCUGCUAUGCAUAAGCUGGUUUGGAAUUUGUUUAUCACACCUGAAGAAUUUGAAGAACGAUGGAAUUUGCUUAUGGAAGGGUUACACUUGAAAGAAAAUAAUUGGCUGAACGAGAUGUAUGAGAUUAGGGAUCAAUGGGUUCCGUGCUAUUUUAGGGACGUGCACAUGUGUUGUCUAAUGAAAACCACCUCGAGGUGUGAGAGUUCGGAUUUCCUGUUUAAAACAAAUUCUAGUGGAACAAACACGCUCGUGCAAUUCUUGAUGUGUUUCGACACAACAAUUGAUGGGCAACGGUACACUCAACGCAGACUGGAGUUCGAAAGUAACACAAUAGCACCAUCAAUGCCGAAGAACGUGCGUAUCGAAAGACAUGCCUCGGAGUUAUAUACACAUACACUGUUUUUGGAGGUGCAAAAAGAGAUAUACAGAGGGAUGACAUUCUGCUAUAUUGCUUCAAAAACCCCAGAACUUGAUGGGGUAAAAAUUUAUACCAUUGUUCAUACUAACAGGCAGUACAAAGAUAUUAACGAAUUUGAGGUCAGUUUUGAUACACGUAAUAGAUCGAUUUCAUGUUCGUGUAUGGGUUAUACGCGCCUUGGCUAUUUGUGUAGGCAUGCCUUUUGCGUGUAUAGAUACAACCAGGUUGACGAAAUUCCCGUUCAGUAUCAACCUGGUAGAUGGAAACGAGAUAUAUUGCCAAGGAGGGUUUUUAGCAUGUCGAACAGGUAUUCUUCCGAUACAGACGCGGAAUCUGUAAUCCGGAAUGAGAUUUUUGAUUUGGUCAUUGAGUGUACUGAUCGUUUAAGGCGUAAUAUUGGUAAACUUUCUGAGUUGUCUGGUGAAAUUAAAGAAAUUAGGAACCGUGUCUUUCGUGAAUUCCCGACCGAACCAGCGUGUAACAGGACAUCAGCUGUGAUCAGUGACCUUCUCAAACAGCCUGAAGAUAUGGAAGUCUCGAUAAAUCCACCACAAGUUCGGGCUGCCAAAGAAGCUGCGGCUGCUGCUGCAAAAGCUGCUAAAGCUGGUAAUGUUGUUGUUCCAGAAGAUUCAUGUCAUGUUGGUGCCGUUGAUUCGUCUAAUGGUGAUACAUCUGUUGGACCAUCGUCUCGCAUUUGUACUCGGGCCACUUGA